AGCAGCUGAUGGAACAGGGAGACCAAGAAGAAAGCACAAAUGCAGAAAUGGAAGAAAGAGUAGGAGGGACAGAGAGCCCACUCCCUGCUCCACAGAGCCCCUCAGAGAGCAGCCAGGCCCUGCUGGACAUGGCCGAGCUCAUCACAAAUGAGAUCCUGAGGAAGGCUGAGCUUGAUAUCCAGGGAUCUGAGCAGCAGAUGAUGGAACAGGGAAACCAAGAAGAAAGCCCAGAUGCAGAAAUGCAAGAAACAGAAGGAGGGACAGAGAGCCCGGUCCCUGCCCCACAGAGCCCCUCAGAGGGCAGCCAGGCCCUGCUGGACACUGAGACAUCACCAGAGAUCCUCAGUGAGACUGAGCCUGUGAUCCAGGCACCUGAGCAGCAGCUGAUGGAACAGGGAGACCAGGAACAAACCAGGGCUUCAGAAAUGCAAGAAACAGCAGGAGGGACAGAGAGCCCAGUCCCUGCCCCACAGAGCCCCUCAGAGGGCAGCCAGGCCGUGGUGGACAUGGCCGAGCUCAUCACUACUGAGAUCUUGAGAAAGGCUGAGCUUGAGAUCCAGAGAUCCAGCCAGGAGCUGGAGGAACAGGGAAACCUGGAACAAAGCACAGCUGCAGAUUUGGGAACACUGGUGCCAUCAGCAGGGACACAGAGCCCGGUCCCUGCCCCACAGAGCCCCUCAGAGGGCAGCCAGGCCCUGCUGGACACAGAGCAGCAAAUCCCCACUGAGAUCCUGAGCGAGGCUGAGCUUGAGAUCCAGGGAUCUGAGCAGCAGCUGGAGGAACAGGGAGACCUGGAACAAAGCACAGAUGCAGAAAUGCAAGGCACAGCAGGAGGGACAGAGAGCCCGGUCCCUGCCCCACAGAGCCCCGCAAAGGGAAGCCAGGCCCUGCUGGACAUGGCCGAGCUCAUCACUAAUGAGAUCCUGAGGAAGGCUGAGCUUGAUAUCCAGGCACCUGAGCAGCAGGGAGACGAGGAGCAAAGCACAGCCACAGAAACAGGAACAGCAUUUACAGCAGAUGGGGAAGGGAGCCCGGUCCCUGCCCCACAGAGCCCCUGCAGCCCCAGCUCCUCAGCUCCCAGCCUGGAAGGCCAGGCUCUCAGGGAGCAGCAGGAGGAGGCAGAGAGGGGGUCAUUCCUGUCAGGGCAAGACACCGAGGAGGGGGCCAUGGAGGGCCAAGACUGGAAAUACCACAUUGACCAAGAGAUUUCCCAGUGGGAGGAUGAGGGAGACCAAGAGCUGUCCCCAGAAGAAACGAAAACCUCCCAAGAAGUGUCCCAAGGGGAAGAGCGCAGGGAGCAGGAGCUGUCCCCUGGAGCAGGCAAGAGCUACCAGGAACUGUCCGACUGGGACGAAUACAGCGAGGAAGAGGAGCCCCAAGGAGAAGGGAAGAGCUACCAGGAAGUGUCAGACUGGGAAGAAAACAUCAAGCAAGCGCAGUCCCAGGAAGAAUCCAAGAGAUGCCAAGAAGUGUCCGACUGGGAAGAACACAGCGAGGAGAAACUGCCCCACGAAGGAGUGAAGAGCUACCAAGAGGUGUCCGACUGGGAAGAAAACCUGGAACAAGAGCAGUCCCAGGGAGAAUCCAAGAGAUGCCAAGAUGUAUCCGACUGGGAAGACUCCAGUGAGGAAGAGCUGUCCCACGGAGGAGCCAAGAGCUACCAGGAAGUGUCGGACUGGGAAGAAAACCUGGAGCAAGAGCAGCGCCAAGGACAGGUGAGAAGCUUCCAAGAAGUGUCCGACUGGGAAGACUACACGGAGGAAGAGCAGUCCCCAGCAGAAGUGAAGAGCUACCAGGAAGUGUCGGACUGGGAAGAAAACCUGGAGCAGGAGCAGUCCCAAGAAGUGAAGAAGUGUGAAGAACUGGCUGACUGGGAAGAGCUGUCUGACAGCACAGAAGAGCUGUCCCACGGAGAAGAGAAGAUCUCCCAAGGACCAUCCAAGCGGGAAGAAUCCAGCGAGGAAGAGCAGUCCCCAGGGAGUAGCAGUGGCUACCCAGAACUGACCGAGUCAGAAGAAUCCAGCAUGGAAGGGCAGUUCCAAAGGAAAUUCAGUGCCUACCAAGAACUCCUGUCCGACUGGGAAGACUCCAUUGCCCAAGAGCUGUCUGAAGACGAAGACUCCCUCGGCCAAGAGUUUUCUGACUGGGGAGACUACAUCCCCUCCAUGGUGUCCCGCUGGGAAGACGACAGCGACAGGGAGCUGGCACUGCUGGACUGGGAACACACGACCGUCCACAGCUUGGAGGUCAAGCCCUUGCGGCCAGAGGAGGACGAGUGGGAAGAACUGAGCGUCCUGGAGCUGUCGCAGGGAGAAGGCACGGAACACAGGCUGGCAAUCCUUGCGGCAGAGGGGCUCCCAGUGCCCGUCCCUCGCGAGGCGUGGGCUGAGCGCCGGGCGCCUGCCCCGUGCCCAGCGGGGCCGGUCUGUGCCUGCCCUGCCCAGCUGGAGGCCCAGGCCCCCCGAGGGGCUGCAGCUCCUCCUGCCUUGGACAAGCAGGUGGCACAGGCAGGGACACGGAGCCAGGGCCCUGCCCCAGAGAGCCCCUGCUGCCCCCCCAGCCCCUCCCCUGCCCAGCUGGAGGCCCAGGCCCCCCGAGGGGCUGCAGCUCCUCCUGCCUCGCACAAGCAGGUGGCAGAGGCGGGGGCACAGACCCAGGGCCCCAGGAAACGUCCCUGUCGUUUAAGGAGGGCGCUCGGGGCUCUGCACCGGCUCUUCCGCUCCUGCACACGGGGACAGCCUGAGGAUUAGGCCCCGCUCCAGCGCCGGGCCGGGCCCACACACCUCUGCAAUCCUUCCACAGACAGUGACUCCACCACCGACCUGCGACAUUUACUGCCAAUCUUGACGAGUCCUGCAGGGAACGAGCAAAGACAGGAUCUGCUGCUCCCACAACCUCCCUGCAGGACUGCCACAACCACGACUAUUCCAGAACCAAACCAAACACGGCUUUAGGACAUUCACUUGAUUAAUUCAUUUAGCUCUUUAAGUAGGGAAUUCAGUUAAUAAUUAUUACAAUAAGUUUUUAUAGUAUUUAGGAAGACUGUUUUCAAUAGACUAUGAAGAUAGACUUGGCUAAGGUAGAGAAGACUAUAUUUACAUGUUAGCAUAAGUAUCACAUUUAUAGGAUAGAUAGAUAGGUAUCCUGCAGUUGCACUAGGAGAAUUAGAAAAGACAAGAUAGAAGAUUAGGAAGAUUCCUAUAGAUCCCCUUCAGUUUCCAGGAUCCCUAUCUAGCUCUUUAGUUCUCAUUUCUAGUUCAAUAAAGUUUGCAUUCAAUAAAAUCCAAGUGUUGUCAGCAAAUGGUCUCAUUUACACCUUAAGUUGGGCAGAGGCAUCUCUCCCUAAUGGGGUCGGAACACACGGGCAGGGACACCUUCCACCAGCCCAGGUUCUCCAAGCCCCGUC